UCAAAAGUAUUGAGGAAAUGUUUGUAAGAUUCAAUUUAUCAAUUGCUGGUUGCUUUAGUUUUUAAAGAGAUCAAAGUCAACUUUAUUGAAGAACUGUCUAUCCCUCAACAUUUCAACCACUGAAUUGAGUAAUUGUCCAAAAUGGCUCAAAAGUUAGGUCUUUAUUCAUACUGGCGAAGCUCUUGUUCAUAUCGAGUUAGAAUUGCUCUUGCCCUCAAAGAAAUUCCUUAUGAAUAUCUAACCGUCAACUUGAUUAAAGAUGGAGGAGAACAAAAGAAGCCAGAUUUUUUGAAAGUAAAUCCAUUAGGUUUCAUCCCAGCUUUAGUGGUUAACAAAGAUAAUCAGAAGUAUACCUUAUUUGAAUCUAUGGCAAUCAUUGAUUAUUUGGAAUCUUAUAAACCAGAACCAAGUAUUUACCCGAAAGAUCCGAUUGAUAGAGCAAAUGCUAUUGCCAUAACAGAAGCAAUAAACUCAGGAAUCCAGCCCCUACAAAAUCUAUUCGUUUUAGCUGAGAUUGAAAAACUUGGUGGAUCUAAAGCGGAAUGGGCGCACCGAUUGAUUGACAAUAAGUUUAAAUCAUUAGAAAGUAUUUUAGCGACUACAAGUGGAAAAUAUUGCGUGAAAGAUACUAUUUCUAUUGCCGAUGUGUUCUUGGUUCCUCAAGUUUAUAAUGCUCGAAGAUUUAAUGUUGAUAUGAACCAAUUUCCAAUCAUAAACCGCAUCAGCCAACUUUUAGAGGAACAUGAAGCUUUCAAAGCUGCUCAUCCUUCAGCUCAACCAGAUGCACAGUAAUGUAAUGUUUAUCACACAACUUGUCCCGGUUACUCAAAAUAGAGAUUUGUCGAUGUCGAAACAGUAAAUGUAUAAACAUUAAAAUUUCUUUAAAUUUUACGAAA